AGGAGACAGCAGUAAGUUGAAGCCUCACAUCUCUGAGUAGAUCCCAGACUUAGUGAAUGGAAGUCAUGCUUUUGGAGUGCAAUACUCAAAAGAAGAGGAUAAGAAACUAAACAAAUUCGACGGUGGAUAAUUCAGACAUCAGAAUUUAUUAUACUAAGAAGAUGAAAUUCUAAUAAGAUCGAAGUUCUAAUAAGUGAUGGAAACUAAAUCUAAACACACACGGAGCUUUGUUGAAUAGAGCAUCUCACUAGCUGGACGAUAGAGAUUACUUGUCACUGAUGUUCAUACGGGUGGAAAUACUGAAAGAAGAAACUAAACCCAAGCCUCCUUACUUUGCUCCGAUUAGUCGCAAUUUAACACUUUUCAAGUCCUUCCCAAUAUUUUCCUAUUGGAUGGUGAAAGAAAACCACAGUUUCUAGGCAAUUGUAUAUUUUAAAGAUUUUUUUUUUCGUUUGCAGGAUACUAUCCAUAUAUACGUAUGGAUUUUAUUAUGUUUAUGACUUGAAAAUGUUACUUCUACAACGGUCACGGUGUUUUCGGACCCUUCUUGACAAUACUUCUCUUACAUCUAUGAUUUUUUGGGAGUUUUGCUUCUUUUGGGGAUAAAAAGGUAAAUCGACGGAUAAACUCAUUGAAGGUACUGAUAUAAACAGAAGAAGAACCAUCUCCAGGUUACUAUGCAAUUACGACAGUUAUCCUUUGUUUUGAUCUUCUUACAUUGUAUGGAAUACAUUGACAGCCAGCACGCCUCCAGAAGCAGGCAACAUAGACAAAAUCCUGGCGUUAGCCAUGGCUGCCAAGGGGGAUGUGCUACAUGUUCUGAUUACAAUGGAUGUCUGUCAUGCAAGCCAAGGCUGUUUUUUUUCUUGGAGAGAAAUGGGAUGAGGCAGACUGGAGUUUGCCUGCCCUCCUGCCCAAGUGGUUACUAUGGCACAAGGUCACCUGACAUAAAUAAAUGCACAAAAUGCAAAUCAGACUGUGAUGCUUGCUUCAACAAAAAUUUCUGCACCAGAUGUAAAGCUGGAUUUUAUUUAUAUAAGGGAAGGUGUCUAGAGAGUUGUCCAGAAGGACUGGGUCCCAAUGACCAACUGAUGGAAUGCACCACUAUUGAGUGCAAAGCUGAUUGUGAGUCCUGCUUCAACAAAAAUACAUGCACCAGAUGUAAAGCUGGUCUUUAUUUACAUCUAGGAAGAUGCCACCAUGUUUGUCCAGAUGGCUUUGAGCCAAAUGAUCGAUUAAUGGAGUGCAGUAUUAAAGUGCACUGUGAAGUGGGUGAGUGGAGCACAUGGAGCAACUGUUCUCGGAAAGGGAGGACCUGUGGUUUCAGAAAAGGAGAGCAACACCGGAGUCGAGAGAUCCUCCAACAUCCUUCUGCUCAUGGAGACCCCUGCCCAGUUACAAUUGAAAAGAGAAAGUGUGUUGUACAAAGGCAGAAAUGCGUAAAAGGGAGGAAGGGGAAAGGUGAGAGGAGAGGGCGACCUAACAGAAGGGAACAUCAGGACAGCAGACAAGAGGAAAGAGAUAUCCACAAUAGGGAGGACUCAGAGAACAAAAACAAGACUGAACAGAGGAGACGGAAAACACAAAACAAGGAACAGAUCUCUACAGCUGGGAGCACUGCACACUAACAGACUCACUGGAAUGUUAAAGACUGAAGAUGCUGCUAACUGUAUAAUUUAAAUAUAGACUUAAAUGCACAAGACAAGAAGAUGCCUGCACCUUUGAUUUGGUGCAAACUUUGAGGACAUCAACCUACUUCAUCUACUUUUAUUAUCCAAUUUGGAUGGCAAAUUUAAGAGUGAGUUAGAAACCACCUUUCCAGGCUUAAAGGAGCACAAUGGAGUGACAAAUUAUAAAUCCUUUGUGACCGAUGAGGUUCUUGUUAACUUUUUAUUUGGUGAGGCCCAGGUCCAUCACUACAUCAAGGUUUGAAUGUAGGUAUUGUGACUUUAUUUAGAGUUAUGUAGGUGUCUAAUAAUUGCUGAGUAAAUUAAAAUAAAAUGUGCUUAAUGUGUCAUUUACAUACAGACAACAGGAUUCUAUGACUGCAUGUUGAUAAAUAGUUUUGUGUGGCAAAAUAAAAAAGCAUCAUUUUAAUGAUGGUUUUUCUUCACAAAUGCACAAUAUUUUUCCCUGAGAUAUUUUUUUUCAAUGCCACAGAAAGAGAAAGCUUACCUUUUAGUUUAAAUAGGUACAUUGCCAAUGCAUUAUUUCAUGUGACAUGAAAAGCCACUAAACAAAUCAAAGCACCUGUAUGUCAAAUAAACUAUAUUGGAUUAAUA